AUGGUCCCCUCACUGCUCUGGCUCCUGAUGCUGGGGGGGCUUCAGGGUCUUUGGGCACAGGAAUAUGAUGAAGACUAUGAAGAAGAGGUGGUGACCAUCAAGAAAAAGACCAAACUAUAUCCCUCCAACUCCAUACCAGAAAAACCCAAAUCGCUCAAUGAUGAGAACUGCGGAUUGGAGUUAGCCUUUCUGAUUGACAGCUCAGAGAGCGCCAAGGACAACCAUGCCCAGGAGAAGGACUUCGCCUUGGACGUGAUGAACCGCCUGCAGGGCCUCCGGCUGCAGACCGGCCGCAGCCUCACCUCCCGUGCGGCGCUCCUUCAGUACAGCAGCCAUGUUAUCAUAGAGCAGACCUUUAAGCAGUGGAGAGGAAUCGAGGACUUCAAGGCCCGACUCGCUCCAAUCGUGUACAUCGGUCAUGGCACCUACACAACCUACGCUAUCACCAACCUCACCCGCAUCUACCUGGAGGAGUCGGACGCCAGCAGCAUCAAGGUGGCCAUCCUGCUCUUCGACGGCAUCUCGCACCCCAGGAAUCCAGACAUAUUCUCAGCUGUGGCUGAUGCCAAGAACCAGGGCGUGCGUUUCUUCACCAUAGGCAUCACACCCGAAGCCAAUGAGGCAGCCAACAUAAAAAACCUACAGAUGGUUGCUAGCACCCCCGCCUCCCGCUACCUUCACAACCUGCAGGACAGAGGCAUCGUGGAGAAAGUCAUUAAGGAGAUUACGGCGCUGGCAGAUGAAGGGUGUCCCCUGGCCCAAAGCACGUGUGUGUGCGACAAGGGAGAGAGGGGCCCCGGCGGCCCACCUGGUAAGAAGGGCCGUCCUGGAGAAGACGGAAGUAAUGGUUUAAAAGGAUCGAAGGGUGAGGGUGGUCUCAGUGGAUUUCCAGGUCGUGAUGGAACAGAGGGGAAAUCAGGAUACAAAGGAGAGCAGGGGGAGAGAGGGGAGUGUGGGACACCUGGAAUUAAAGGAGACAGAGGUCCUGAAGGAAAUGUUGGCCCAAGAGGAAAUCGUGGUCCCCAGGGUUUGCCUGGUCCACAUGGUGAUAUCGGACCUGAAGGUGUGAUGGGUAAAAAAGGGGAAAGGGGACUUCUUGGGCCACCUGGAAUCCAAGGGGAAACUGGGAUCGGCCUUCCGGGAUCCAAGGGUGAUGUUGGUUUCCAGGGGCAACUCGGGCUCCCCGGUCCUCCAGGGCUUGGCGAGUCGGGACCACCGGGACCUCAAGGGCAACAGGGAGUCCAAGGUGAGAGAGGACCACUGGGAGAAGGUCUCCCUGGCCCAAAGGGAGAGCGAGGCCUGGACGGGCCACGAGGGCCCAGAGGACAGACGGGCGCUGGGAUUAAAGGAGACAAGGGGGGUUUUGGACCUCCAGGUCUUCCAGGACCCCUCGGACUUCCGGGCCUGGGCAUACAGGGUGAGAAGGGGGUAGAAGGACCAAGGGGGCCACUAGGAAGCAGGGGCCCACAAGGGGAGGGCCUGCCUGGAUCCAAGGGAGACCAAGGGUUGCCGGGUGAAGUUGGCGGUCCAGGGGAGAGAGGGGCUGGAGACCCUGGAGCUAAGGGCGAGCCAGGAUCCACAGGGACGUCGGGUCUGCCCGGGCUGCCAGGAGAGGACGGGGCUCCUGGACAGAAAGGGGAGCUAGGGAGUUCAGGUCUCAGGGGCCUAGAGGGGGCACCUGGAAUUGGCACUCAGGGGGAAAAGGGUGACCAAGGCCAAAGAGGAAUAAGAGGUUUGUCAGGUCCACCUGGCAUCGCUGGACCCUCAGGACCAAAGGGGGAACCAGGAACACAAGGCCGGGGGGGGCCUCCUGGUCCACAAGGACGUUUCGUUGUUGGACCCAAGGGGGACCUCGGCCCCAGUGGUUCUCCUGGUCCGAUUGGGGAAAAUGGCUAUGGACUCCCUGGUCCGAAGGGGGACCGUGGGAAUUCAGGCCCUUCAGGUCCAUUCGGUCCCAAAGGAGACGGCUACCCCGGCCCCACGGGCCCUCCUGGUCUGCCUGGACUUACAGGAGAACCCGGCCAAGAAGGAGUGGGCGUCCCAGGACCAAAGGGGGAUAUUGGUUUCCGGGGGCUGCCUGGUUUACCAGGACCUCCGGGCGAAGGACUCCAAGGACCUCUGGGUAACCCUGGGCGACCUGGGCCAUCGGGGCCAAUGGGGCCACAUGGACAAGGAGUUCAAGGGCCCAAGGGGGAACACGGGGCCCAGGGUGUGACCGGGCCGAGGGGGCUGCCUGGAGAGGGCUUUCCUGGAGCUAAAGGGGACCGGGGCUCGGCCGGGGAGAGAGGGUUGAAGGGAAUCAGCGGUGACAUGGGAGAUCCUGGAACCCCGGGGCAAACAGGCCGAUCUGGUAUUAAAGGUGAAGCUGGACUCACGAGAGAGGACAUCAUCCGAAUGAUCAGAGAGAUCUGUGGAUGUGGGAUCAAGUGUAAGGAGAGGCCCAUGGAGCUGGUGUUUGUCAUCGACAGCUCAGAGAGCGUGGGCCCAGAGAACUUUGAGAUCAUCAAGAGCUUUGUGAACGCACUCGUCGACCGGGUCACGGUGGGACGCAACGCCACCAGGAUCGGCCUGGUGCUGUACAGCCUGGAGGCGAAGCUGGUGUUCAACUUGGCUCGCUACGUCUCCAAACAGGACAUCAAGCAGGCCAUCGGAAAGAUGUUGUACAUGGGAGAGGGCACGAACACGGGCACGGCCAUUCGUAAAGCCACACAUGAAGCCUUCCACAGCUCACGUGCGGGCGUCAGCAAAGUGGCCAUUGUGAUUACCGACGGCCAGACGGACAAACGGGAGCCGGUCAAGCUGGAUAUCGCGGUUCGAGAAGCACACGCCGCCAAUAUUGAGAUGUUUGCUCUGGGGAUAGUGAACACCACAGACCCGACACAGGCCGAGUUCCUCAGAGAGCUGAACCUGAUCGCGUCGGACCCGGACGCCGAGCACAUGUUCCCCAUCGACGACUUCAACACUCUGCCAGCUCUGGAAUCCAAGCUCGUCAGCCGGUUCUGUGAGGACGAGAACGGCGCCCUGAUAUACAACAGCAUAGCUAACGGCUACAACGGCUAUGGAAACAACGGCUACAACGGCAACAGGAAUGGUGCUAAUGGGAAGUUCGCCAGCCUCGGAGGCCAAGUGGACAGCACACGACACGGCAUUAAAGGAUCCAGCACAGCACAUGGAGGAGGAGGAGGAGCAGGAGGAGGAGGAGGAGGAGGAGGAGGAGGAAGAGGGCAGCAUGUGCACACUGAAACAUCAAACGGGGGAACGGAGCGUGGGGACACAUUUAACCGUGAAACAAUAGAUCCUUCCGGAGGGGACUCCACCAGGAGGAGAGGAUCAUCCUCAUCAUCUUCUACAAAUGGAACCACAUCAUCCUCAGGUGGAUCUGUAUCAGCCCCGAGGCCGGCGCUCCCCAAAGAGACCGUCCCCUUGGACCCACGCUGCGGCCUGGUUCUGGACCAGGGCACGUGUCGGGACUACAACAUCCGCUGGUACUACGACAAGCAAGCCAACGCCUGCGCCCAGUUCUGGUACGGAGGCUGCAACGGCAACAAGAACCGCUUCGACACGGAGGAGGAGUGCAAGAGGACGUGCGUGAUCCCCAGGUCCACCGGCGGCUGA